UAUAGGUGAAGGUGAAAAGCAAGAUAAUCAAAUUGCUACCUAAGUAACGGUAAAAAGCGAAAUUAGCCAUAAAAUUAUUUAAGUUCUAAAGUAACUAUAAAUUCGACAUUAAGAUGAAAACACUAGAAGCGAAAUAAACAUUAGAUAAGUUGACUAAAUCCAUUUUAAGUUUUAAAAUAAUGCUGCAUAUAAAUACGGUUAGCGCCCUGUGCCCGCAACUGUGUUUAGAUUAGAAUCACGUUUGUUAGGAACCAUUAACCGAGACGUGUGGUCGGAGUAUUUGGAAGGAUACUACCUAUUAUCCACAAAAUACAGACAUGUUAGCCACUGAACCUUCCUAUUUAUUGGAUUUUGGGAUAAAUAUGACAAAGGCCUAAGUGCAGCAGUGAAAUAAAUAUUAAUGUUGUCCUAGAAAUGGCAGACAACACUACAUCAAAGUCAGGCAAGAAAAACAAAAAACGUUCAAAGAAUGCAAGCCCAGAUCUUCGAACUAAAGUCCACUUUACUGCCUUUGAAUCACUAAAAACAAAAACAAGAGACAAGAUUCGAAGCAUCAGAUCCCUGACUGUCGUUGUGCAGCCUGCUGUGGCCAGUGACCAUGGGUUUCAAGAACUUCAGUUUGUCAAGAUUUCAACCUGUGAUAGAUCACAACCAGCACUACUUGUCAUUGAUGGCAAAAUUAUGCAAAAUGUAUCUAUUGUUAAUGAAAGUUGUUCAGAUCCGCUAUUUCAAGAAGGUGAGGAAAUUACCAUUACAUCUCCUUGUCUCAGACUGAUAGCAGAGGAGGUUUCAUUGUUGCCUAUCUCUCAUAAAGAUAUAGGUGACUCGGUAUCAUUCACAGAAUACCUUAGACAGCAGCUUAUUAUGAGAAACUUUGUAAUUCAGGCUGAUAGUAACAUAAUUAUCCAAUACUUAAGUCAAGACAUAGUUUUGAAAAUUAUGUCAAUAAGAAACUUUGGAUCAGAUACAGAUGAAUGUCAGGUGCCAGCAGAAUGUAUCUGGCAAACUCGUGUAAUGUUUGAAAGCCAUUCAAGAACAUCAGAUAAUAAAGCAAAGCAUGAAAUAACCUUCAGUGAUGUAGGAGGUUACAAGUUGGAAAUUGAAAAUCUAAAGAAGGAAAUAGGAAGGUUAUUUUCCAUAGAAAAGUCUAAUGUGAAGGCAGUGAAAGGCAUACUAAUAAGUGGACCUGCAGGUUGUGGAAAGAGUCUGAUUGGGAAAGCAUUAAAAAGCGAAUAUAAAGAUAAAUUUAUCUGCAUCGAUUUGGAUUCUACCAAAAGCAGAUUUCAAGGAGAGACAGAGAUGAAUUUAAGGCAACAGUUCACCAGGGCAACUAAUAGAGCACCUUGCCUUGUUUUCAUUGAUGACAUAGAUAUCCUGCAAGCCCGGAGAGAUCGAGGUGAUAACAGUGGUAUCGUGACAACUUUACUUCAUCUUAUUGAUGGUCUUAAUACAUCUGCAGAUGGGAUACUUGUCGUUGCAACUGCAACUAAACCUCAAACUCUUGAUGCUGCUUUAAGAAGACCAGGCAGGCUAUCAUAUGACAUAUUCUUGUCAGUACCUGAAGAAUGUGACAGAGAAGAUAUUCUUCAAAAAAUGUUGGAUAAAGUACCACAUGACAUCAGCAAAAUUGAUUUGGAGACUACUGCAUCCAACACUCCGGGGUAUGCAGGAGGAGAUUUGCACAAUAUAAUGAUGGAAGCUGUAAUGCAUUCUGAAGGGAAGAAACUGACAAUGCAGGAUUUGGAGUAUGCAGUUGGAACAGUGAAACCUGUUGCUUUGAAAGAUACUGCAUGUGUUGAGCAGAAGGUAACUCUCUCAGACAUAUGUGGAUAUGAGACAAUGAAAUCCCAUUUACUGGAAUCUUUGAACUUGUCACUGAAUCAUGGUCAUAUAUUUGAGCAUUGUGGAUUAUCUACACCAACCCAGUACUUAAUUUUUGGUCCUCCUGGUUGUGGAAAAUCUUUCCUCAUCAUGGCGCUGGCAUCAGAAUUCCAUUUGAAGAUCAUUCGCAUCAAGAGAUCCACUGUUUUAGGGAAAUACUUCGGAGAAUCUGAACAAAACCUUGCAAAGUUGUUUGCGAAGGCCCAAGAAUCUUCUCCGUGCAUUUUGCAUUUUGAGAAUUUUGAAGGAUUGGCUGGAAGAUUAAAAGGUGAAGAUGGUAGUAGUGACGUAGAAGGCCGUAUUAUAAACCACCUUAAGGUGCAGCUUGAUGGUAUAGUUCGUAAUGAUGGUGUACUGGUAUUUGCGGAGACAAAUCGGCCUGAUCUAUUAGAUAAGGAUUUAAUUCGACCUGGACGCUUUCACGAAUACUGUUUUGUCAGCUUACCAGAAACAGAAGACAGAUUAGGAGUCUUAAAAAAACAUUUUCAACCAGCAACAUUUUCAGAUGAUUUUUCCCUGGAAUCUCUUGUUGAAGAAACUGAUGGAUUCACAACAGCUGAGGUUAUUCAGCUCUGUAAUGAAAUUAAGCAGCUGUGUCAAAGGGAGGGCGAACCACCUCAUAUCACUAGCAAUGCAGUUGAAGAAGCCCUUGAAUUUGUGUCCCCUAACACUUCCAAGAAAAUGCUUCAAAAACAAAUGAAAUUUGCAUCUAUGUAUUGCUCUUAAAGGAUUUUAAAAAAAUUUUGUAUUUAUAUUUGUGUGUACAUACAGUGCAGUGUAUUUCAUGUGACAUGAGUCUAUAGAUUGAUGACUAUAUAGCAUUUGCUGUGACACAAGUGAUGAUACAUUGGUACAAAUAAAUUGUUCGUUAUUGUAAAUAAUGUCAUGUAAAUGGUUGUAAUUUUCAAAAUUGUAAUACUGCAUUAUAUUUGAUAUUGAUUUUUUCCUGAAUUUCUACCUCUAAAGUUAACUUAAGUUGAUUGGGUAUUAGAUAGAGUGAAAGUGGAACAUUUUAUGUGAUCAAAGCUCAGUAAAUUAAAACUACACAAGGGAUCAUGGAGAAAGACAUUUCUUUUGAAACUUAAAACAAUUAUUCAUUCAAAUUGAUUGCGCAUUAAAAUGUUCAUCCUGUAGAAACAUUUUUCCCCCAUGAUGAUCUCAUACAAUACUAUGUAAAAUGUGUUGAUUAUGUUGUUUGCUGAGACACUCAAGUUUAGGGUCAUUGAAUAUUGCACAUUCAGAUCCAGUAUAGUAAAUGAUUUUUUGUGCGAUUUCAUUCUGUAGUUUGGUUAGACUUUUGUGGGACUCACUAGUAGGGAGUGCUUUGAGCAAGAGAUGAAAAUUUGAGUAAAGUUCAAGAAGUUAAACAGCUACAGGUAUAUUAGCUAGAGAUCAGAGGAAAUGGAUGGAGUUUAGAAGGAAACUUUUAUAUAUUAAUGCACAAGAGCAGAAGCAGUGCGAUACCUAAGUUGGAUUUUCUUUUCUUGAGUUUGUACUUACUUUUUGGGGAUCUCAGUCUUGCAACUUUAUGUAGAAACUUGAUGAUUAGGGUCUGAAUCACUGUAUUCCAGUAAAACAAGAUGUGAAAAUCUGACAAAAAGAUUGUUCAGAAAAGUAAGGGAGAAUGAAAUUAUUGUAAUUAUAAGUAAAAAAAAAUUUCCCUGUAGAGGCACAUCACUAACAGUGUGAAUGGAUGGCACAUAGUAAAUGGUACUUAGGGGGCUCUUUCCUUCAUCCCUUCAGCCAAGGCUGUUGCUAAAAGCCUUGCAUGUUUCAUGUGUCCCUUAGGUUAUUUCUUAACUGUUCAGCUUCUUUAGGUUUACCUUCCAUUUAGCAGCAAAUCCUCUAUAAUAGCAGAAGUAUGAUUGGUUAAUGAAGGACGUAUGAUUUGGAACUACAGCAUGCAUAUUGUUAAACUUGGGAAGUAUGGGUGUAUUGCCUAAAGAAGAAAUUCCCAGGGAACAAUAAAAAAAAGUAAAAGUAAUGGCCUCCAUUCCAGGCUGGUGAAGUCAGGGUUGAAAGAUUCCCUGAAUAUUAGUAAUAUUAGUAUCUAAAAAAGUGCUGAGAACACCAUGUAUGAAGAAGUAGUUCGCAAAAUUCAAGAUGCCAUUGUGGCAUAAGGAUAGAUCCAAAUAGAGGGGAAGAUUGGUGAUUAAAAAAAUGAAGGGUCAAAUCUGCCUGCCAACCUGGGUAACCACAGGUUUUCUGCCCAAUGGUGCCAGGCAGGAGACACCAAAAUUUGUUAGGGGUUUCUUAAAAGAGAAUGAAAUUAAAUUCAGCACAAAGUUAAGGCAUGUGCAGCAGAGAGAAUCCAUGUUCAAAAGAGAAGUUUCAGGUUUCUCACAUAAUGCCAGUUACUUUGCUGACGUCUUUGGGAGUUUUCAAGAAUGUUCAGUUAAAACUUUAAGUAUUAAAGUGGAUUGUCUUAGUUUCUUAAUGCUGUGACUGUAGACAUCCAAUGUCCUGUACAUGGGAAACUGAAGGAACCCAAAGAAGGAGUCCUUGAUACAAGGUUGUAUUAAGCCAAAGUUAAAUCCAAAAAACAAACUUAUAUGGGUGAUUUGGAUUAUGUGCAUUUGUUACUUUCAAAUAAUGUGGCAUUGCAGGAAUUAGAUGUACUAUAGUAUAUAAAUUGACAGGGCAAGAUAAUGGAGAGUUGGGUAAUAGUGAUAAACUAGGUUGACAGAGAAUGUGAGGGGAUUUUCUGAUAAAAAUUAUAAGACAAAAAAUGAGCAAGAUGGAUGUACCAGGAAAAGUACAUUAGAGGCAUAUUCAUUUUUAUAUCUCGGUUUUGUUAUGACUGAUCGGUUAUAUCUUGAAUGUGAUGGUAUUUGUUAUCCAGAUAAGGCUAUUAAUGAGGAUAAACUGAUUUUAAACUUCCUAGGGUACAAUUAACAUUUGAAUACAUAUUGUAUAUAUAAAAAUUCAGUUCAUUAGGAGGAUAUAUAAUUCUUAUGUUUUGGCUUAGGUAUUUUUAUCCUUAAUUUUAAUGAUUUACCCUUCGUAUUACGUAAUUGGUUUGUACUAUUUGGCCUAUCUACAGCUUAUAGUAGCCUUAGGUUCUUUCCAUUGUCCAGGCAUUGGUGUUUUCAUUUUAUUAGUCAUUUUUAUUUUGGUUGUGCAGUAUAUGUGGAUGUUAAAAGUUGCCAGGGAUAAGUAGGGGAAAGGCUGUAUCUGAGCACUUCUAAAUGAUAUAAAAAGUUAUAAGAAAUAUAUUUACAGAAAGCUU